CUGACAGGAGACAUGUAUGUGCCCAGCUUUCGGACCCAACUUACACGAUAUUGUUCCUUGCCCUCUUAUACGUAGCUAUCGCUUGUUUAAAUGUCUUUCUUAUGUAGUGACUGCGGUGCCACUUAUGCCAGAGACGAGCAUCUUCAACGUCAUCAACGACGGCAUCUAGGCAUUCGACCUUACAACUGUCAAGAAUGCAACAGUACUUUCACACGAAAAGAUACCCUGAAUCAGCAUCUCCUUACCCAUGAUCCCACCAGAAUGACUCGUAAGUCUCGCAGGGUGGCCUAUGUGCCCAAGGCUUGUAUUUCCUGCGCUCGAUCCAAACAACGUUGUGACGGUCGUUCGCCAUGCGGCAGGUGUUCUCUCAAGACUCUCGAUUGCUUUUAUCGCCCUCUACCACAGAAAAGAAAGACCUCGCCCUCAGGUGCCAGCGCUCAGUCUGCCUCUUCCAGCGAGAGGGACAGGCUUUUGCAUAACGCUUUACCUCCCUUCCAGGGCCAGCCACGUCCUUUCACACUUGAUUCAACACUCAGUGUCCAUAGUCGCGCGUCUGAAGCUGUGGAUGAACUUCCUUCUGUCUCUACAGAUGUCGGCAGCACUUCCAUAGAGAUGCCUUUGGAUUCAGACCAAGAAACGUGUCCUACUAGCGUUUUUGGGCAGCCAGCUAAUUCUAAUGGAGCCUUCGUUGACAACCGUCCAUUUGAGGCCCAAGGAUUGGACUUCCAAGAUUGUAUGUCACUUGGUAUAGAUCUUCCCUGGAGCAGCACGAUGCAUUCCAUGCUCGACAAUCCGUUACUGGAACUACCUCAUCCCAUGACAUUCUUUUUUCGGAGUCCAAUCGAAGUGCUCCGCCAAGCUGAUGCACAUGAUAUACCAUCCCAAAUGGAUAGCGAGCCCUUGGUCCAUCAACUUGAAUGCGAAGUCCCAACCCCCAGCUUUACUCAGUCCUUGGCCAUCUCAAGCUCUCAAGCUCAGAGCAGCCAGACAUCGCCUGAGACUACAUCGCAUACCUCUCUCAGUAAUGAUGUCGACCUUGAGCCAUGGAGGGCAGAAGAUUAUGGUCAUGUACCCUAUAUAACCAACGAAGCUUACGACUUGAUGACUUCCACUUUCAAACAACUCAAUAGCGAUAAUGCGUAUUGUAUCCCAUUCACAAACAAGCAUUUACCAUCUCUACAACAUAUGCAGAUCUACAUGCAGGUGUACUUUGAAGAGUUUCACCCUGUAUUCCCUCUACUGCAUAAAGCGACAUUCUCACCUACCAAAGACGACUGGCUGCUUAGUCUUGCUGUUUCAUCGAUUGGGUGCCUGCUUUCGAAAGCCAUACAGUCAAGAGAGGUAUACCCCAUUAUGCAAGAAUUUCUUCGCCGAGCUAUUCACAUCCAGUCGUCGGUGGCUGAACAUGCCGUAUCUCAAGACUGGCAAGCAUGGAUCAAGGCGGAAUUAGAGCUUGUAGAUAGCCAGCAAGUUGGCUUCUUCGCCUUUUCUUCCACAAUUCCAAUCGACUUUCUUCAGUUUCCCAUGCCGGUUAAUGACUCUGUCUGGGACACGUCUUCUCCCGAGACAUGGAAGCAUAGUCUCGCAGAGGAUUCAUCUUCUCAACACUUCAUUUCUCUCCGUCAGGUUCUCCUGGGCCUUUACCGCUAUCGUGAGGUCCCUCGACGUCUUGAUGCGUUUAACUCACUUCUUCUAGUUAUGGGUAUUUCAAAUGACCUCUCUUGGCUUCGUCAUGCCCAUGUAUAUCUCAAAAUUCUGCAGCGACAUGUCGAGACUUUGCCACCAACAGCUUUAACUCGAACUACAUUGAGUAACCUCCAAAUGGUUUCACUGUUAACAUACUUCCCAACUCGAGAGGUUAUCGCCUUUGGACGUUGGCGGGUCACUGAAAUCCAACAUUCAAUGGUUACUAAUAAGCUAAAAAGAUGGAUGUGUAAUCCUCGUAGUGCACGAGAAGCUCUGGUAAACGCAUGCAGUGUCUGGUCGCAGAUUCGUUUAAGCCGCACUAAUGCACAGCAUGAGGCACCAGCUUUGCUACAUAGCGCUAUCUCGAUCUGGGCUCUGGUCGAACACAGCGAUCAAUUUGAUCUUGGAAACCUAGAAGGAUUGUCGAUUUUACGGUUGGAUAACCUGAAUCAAGACGUUCAGUCCUGGGCUGCUGGGACUGAGAAGAAACGCCUGUACUUGAGUGGAGUUGGGUUUUUGGGGCAUCUAGGUGCCGUAGCCCGGUUAAUAAGUGAGACUGCGUGAUUGCUAGAGGAUACCAUCGCUUGGCCUCAAGCUUGGAGAACAGGGCCAUAUUUGAAACAGUCUUAUGCCGAGUCACAGAGGGUUCGUCAGUGUGUCAAUUAGUUGGCCUAUACCUGCUAAAUACAGAAAUUCCCAGACUCACCUAAUAGUUACUUAAAGUCUGUAGAGGAUAGAUUGGGAAGGUUUAAGACAACUUGACUGUUAUGGGAGCGAUUAGCAGCACACUUUAAAUUCAGUAUAUACAAAGAAGCAUGUUAAACAACUAAUGGCUG